CUCUUCCAUUCUCCCUUGGGUCUCGGGUACAUCUUCCUGUUUUCUAAAUUUACUCUUAGGAAUGUAGAGUUAAUGAAUCCGUCAUGUUGACUUACUACUCUAAUAUCUCUCGCACCCAAUUGCGGUGAUUGAGAAAUAACCCAUUAAGUUAUAGGUCUCGGUAGUUUAGGAGCUAAGCAGGUGACGCGCAUAUCGACAAUUGCGGCUUGCCGGCUCCACCGGUUUGUGAUAGACGGCCGAAAAAAAAUCGUACGGUUAAUAUUCCGAGGGGAAGAAUUCGCCUCAAGAAACAAUUGCCGCAUUUUAUACCGUAUCAUCACGGUCUUAGACCUUAGUACCAACUCCCCCGCGCGCCAUGGAUCCUCUAGUCGCAUCUGAGCUGGCCAAGCUCGACGACGACAUCCCCUUCCGCGCAAGGGAGAACCAUGUCCACAGCACCUGGGCCAAGACCUUCUUGUCGCGGCCGGAGCUCUACUUCCAGCCGGAGUCGUUGCCUGAGAUCGAAAAGAUCGUGCGGCUGGCGCAUACAUGUCGGCGCCGCAUCACUACGACCGGAUGCGGGCACUCGCCCAGCUCGCUGACAUGUACCUCGUCCUGGCUGGUGAAUCUGGAUAAGUACAACCGUAUCUUAUCUGUUGAUACAGAGAAAGGGAUUGUUGUCAUGCAGUCUGGCAUAAGACUAUAUGCGCUAUGUGAGGAGCUUGAGAAGCACGGUCUCGCCAUGCCGAACCUGGGGAGCAUCAACGAGCAAUCCAUCGCGGGCGCCAUAUCAACCGGUACCCACGGCUCAAGUUUACGACACGGCCUGAUGUCCGAGGACAUUCUGUCGCUCCGCAUAACCGUCGCAGACGGAUCCACGAGGUUCUGCUCCCCAUCAGAAGACCCCUCACUAUUCCGCGCCUCGCUUUUGUCGCUAGGCGCACUUGGGAUCAUAACUGAAGUCACCUUCCGCGCCGUGCCGGAAUUCACGCUGCGAUGGCAGCAGACCAUCGACACUGAUGUCAAGAUGCUCUCAUCCUGGGACCGCGACCUCUGGACGCAAACCGAGUUCGUGCGCGUAUGGUGGUACCCCUACACACGCCGCGCAGUCGUCUGGACCGCAGAGAAAACCGACGACCCGCUCCUCGACCCGCCGGUAUCAUAUUACGACCGCGCGCUCGGGUACUAUGUCUACCACAAUAUACUCUACCUAUCGCAAUUCGCGCCCCGCAUCCUCCCAUGGAUCGAAUGGUUUGUCUUCGGCAUGCAGUACGGGUUCGCGAACGGCACCACGACGCGCGCCAUCCAGCCCAGCCGCAAGGCGCUGCUUAUGAACUGCCUAUAUUCCCAAUUCGUCAACGAAUGGGCCAUCCCCCUCGAAAAAGGGCCAGAGGCUCUACGUCGGCUAAGUAGUUGGUUGAACCAGCUGCCGGCAAGCGAUCCUGAAUACGUGGAGCACGGGAUCCCGUUUUCGGCGGAAGGGCUGUAUGUGCACGCCCCAGUCGAGGUGCGGGUUUCCAACACGAGUCCCUCGAACCCUAAGGCUCAAGUGCCGAACACGAGGGCGUUUCUGGACCCGACGGCGGUGGAUUCGCCGACUUUGUAUCUCAAUGCUACGCUGUAUCGACCGUAUCACACCGAUCCCCCGUGUCGCGAGAGGUACUACGAGGCGUUUGAGUGGCUGAUGCGGGAUCUAGGCGGGAAGCCGCAUUGGGCUAAGAACUUUGAGACGGAUGGCGCGGAGAUAGAGGGGAUGUACGGCGAUGAUCUGAGACGGUGGCGCGAGGUUAGGGAUGCGGUUGAUCCGGAUGGACUGUUCGUCGGGGCUUGGCAUCGGCGGUAUGUGCUUGAGAAAGGCACUGUGUUGCCGUUGGAGGAGGCGGGGGUGCGGGAGGAGAAGAGUAAGACCGGGGGUGUUUUGUUUGAGGGCGUUGUUGGGAGGUAGUGAUGGGCUACAUAUCUACCUAUAUAUUGGGAUGUUGGCUUAGAUUUAUGGUAAUCUCUUUUAGAGGUACAGCAUUACGAUUGGCUAGAAUCGAAUUCUCACGGAGUGUUUUUUAAAUGCUCCUCAACUCUUUCUAUUGUCCCCUUA